GUAGUGACACCUCCCGGCCGGUGGGUGGCGCCAUGCCGGGCUCCCCCCGCCCCCGUCCCCAAUCAGCCGGUCCACAGCCGCUAUUCCCCGGGAAGCGGACGGUUAUAGUCCUCGGGGCCGCGGGAAACAGGCGGAGGAACGAGUGGAGGGAUGGAGUUUGUGAUGUAGCCAUGGCGGAGGAGAAUUCCCCCCAGCUCAUCGAUUACUUUGUGGUGGCCGGUCUGACUGAUGUCUCCAAACCUCUGGAGGAGGGAACCCCGAAACUGGCCAGGCCCCUCGAGCCCAUCGCUGACGUGGCCAUCAUCAUCCGCUCCCAGGGCGAGGAGGUACCUGAGGGCUUCACCUGCAUUGAGACCACACCCAGCGGACAAUCUGCAGACCUCAACUGUGGCCUCCUCACCACCUCGCACAUGUUCCUGUGCUACAGACGGAGCAGGGAGAAAUUACCACUCAUCGAUCUUGGUGUCCUGUGUGAGGGGAAGGACAGACUGAAACCAGGAUGCAGCAUCAUCGAGACCACUCCCUACAGUCGAGCAGCCCAUGUCAGCGGUGGGGGAUCCAGUCUGCAGCAGCGCACCUUCAUCACCUAUCGGAGAGCCGCAGAUUGCCAGGCACACAGCACGCUGGCACUCACUGACAUCUGCAUCAUUAUGCCCAGCAAGGGAGAGUCACCUCCACAUACCUUCUGCAAAGUGGACAGGAACCUUAACACUGGCAUGUGGGGUCCAGGAAUCUAUCUGUGUUACAAGAAAUCGAUGGCGAAGGGGACAGCUCUGGCCUACGAAGCUGGUCUGAUCAGCAGGUACCCAGAGACUAACACUGAGUCCUUCCCUCUCCCACGGACUGUGCCUGUCUUCUGCCUGCCAAUGGGAGCUACUAUCGAAAGCUGGCCCACAGGAACCAAGUACCAACUCCCUGUCUUCUCCACCUUUGUACUGACAGCUGCUACUGGGGAAAAGGUUUACGGGGCAGCGAUCCAGUUUUAUGAAUCGUUCGGCCGUGAUAAGCUAACUGAUAAACAACGGCUCAGCCUGGGACUGCUCAGUGUGAUCGAUCGCAGACCCAUUCUCACCAAAUCUGUCCAGACCAAGAAGAGUAUCUGCGUCCUGUCCCAUUGGCCUUUUUUUGAUGUGUUCCAGAAAUUUCUAACUUUUGUGUACCGCUACUCGAUAUCUGGGCCCCACGUCUUACCAAUCGAAAAACACAUCUCGAACUUCUUGCACAAUGUUCCUUUCCCUUCAGCACAGAGACCUCGAAUCCUUGUCCAGCUCUCACCGUAUGAUAAUUUGCUGAUUUGCCAGCCUGUGUCUUCCCCACUAUUGCUCAGUGGGGCCAGUUACUUCACCCUGCUCCAGAAUCUAGGCGCUGAGAAUACCGUCACCCUGCUCCUCACAGUCCUGAUUGAACACAAGCUGCUGAUUCACUCACUGCGACCUGCUGUCCUUACCAGUGUGUGCGAGGCCCUGGUCUCGAUGAUCUUUCCAUUCCGCUGGCAGUGCCCUUAUAUUCCUCUGUGUCCGCUGAACCUGGCAGACGUGUUGAGUGCGCCAGUCCCUUUCAUCGUGGGUGUGCAUUCCAGCUACUUCGAAUUGUAUGACCUGCCCCAGGAUGUGAUCUGUGUUGAUCUGGACACCAACACCAUCUCACAAUCCGAUCUCAUUGUCUCUUCACUCUCAGGGUUCCUGAAGAGUCGCGAUCGAGCCAACCAGAAGUUCUACACGUUACUGACCAAGACUCAGUUGUUCACCCAGUUCAUCGAGGAAUGCUCCUUCGUCAGCGACAGGCACUCGAGUCUCGAGUUCUUCGAUGGAUGUGUGGAGAAGGUGGAUGUGGAGAAGAUGGACACUAUUCGCCUGAUCGAGGUGGAUGAGUCCCAGCGGAGUGAGCACACUGUUUUUAUCAUGCCACCCGAGGUCCCUCAGACACCAGACGGCAAAGAGCCCCCUCGUUUGUACAGCUAUGAUGGGUUUCCACUGCUCAAAGCUGAGCUUUUCGACAGACCGCAGGAUACCCUAAAGACCUCUCACUUCCUGAACCAGCCACGGAGCAGCGCUCCUAGCAGCCCUGCUCCCAGGAGGACAAAGCAGGAGAUCAAAUCAGCACAGAAAAUUACACAGAAAUAUUUCCUGGUGCCUGACAUGUGGGCCAAGUGCCUCCUCGGCCAGUGUUACGCCCUCUGGUUCAUCUAUCUGCCAACCCACGUCCGGGCAUCUCAGGUGAAGGUGCGAGCGCUGCAGACCGCUUACGAUGUGCUGAAGAAGGUGGAGACCAGGAAGGUGGUCCUGCCUGAUGAGAUGUGCCACCGGAUCCUAAUGCAGCUGUGUGGGCAGUAUGGGGAACCAGUGCUGGCGGUGCGGGUCCUACACGAGAUGAAGAGAGCUGGAAUCACCCCAAACGCUGUCACCUACGGCUACUACAACAAGGCUGUCCUGGAGAGUAAAUGGCCGUCCAGUAACCAGGGUGGUCGCUUACGCUGGGCGAAACUCCGGAACGUCAUCCUGGCAGCAGCUCAGUUCCGCCGGCCGCUCAGAGAGCGGCGAGUACAGUAUGUGGCCCGAAGCCUCCUGGAAAGGUCUCAGCAGGAGUCUCCACGGGCUGGGCCUCGGUUCCUGCUCCAGCGACACACCACCUGGGCUGGGAGGAGUGCAAGCAUCGAGAGCUGGGAUGGCCUGGGCUCUCCACUGGUCAAGAGCAGGAGUGCCAGCUGCACCCGGACCGAACGCAGCACCGCGCUGGACGAGCAGCCCUCGGACACCGACUCCCUUUCCCGGUGCCGGGCGGGAGCAGUAGGGGAGUCGGGCAGCCGGGCCUGGUCUGCCGAGCGCCCGCUCCGGGAGCGGAGAGUCAAGGCCCUGGCCAAGGUUGGGGAUCGAGCCCUCACCCCGGAGCCCGCAGGCCCCGAACACGCCAACCUGACCUGCCACUGCAUCCCACCCGAGGCUCAGCCGCUCGGCAGUGCCGAGCCCGGCCACUCGUCAGAGACACCGGCGCCGCGGCGCACCCCCAGGACAGGCCGCAAGUGGGGCAGAGAGUCCGGGCGAGAUCACCACCGCCGGCGAGAGGGGACCAAGAAGGUCGACGAGAACUGCAACAACGUUACGCCGGUACCCCGGGGCCUCUCGGAGAAGUUCCACAGUCUGCUGACCUCCACGGCAAACCGGCGGCCACCCCUCGCAACACUGGAUUCAGGCCGCAGGGGCUCCUCCCACUCUGACUUAACAGCAUCGUCUGAGAAAUUGGGGCUCCAGUCAGCGAGAGAGAGUGAGGAGGAGGACUGGAUUUCUCUGAUGGAUCAUGAAUCAAUGGACUAUGACACAUCCAACUCUGACCUCCGAGAAACAUCAGACUCCCGGUCGAGGACCUCCUCAGCAAGUCUUCAAACGGCCGUCAUUGAGGUUCUACUGUCGAGCUGUUCUCUUUGUACAAGCUGUGCCUCGCUGGUCUAUGAUGAGGAGAUCAUGGCAGGAUGGACUGCAGAUGAUUCCAAUCUGAACACCACUUGUCCAUUCUGCAGUCGCUCCUUUCUCCCAUUGCUUAAUAUUGAGAUAUAUGAACCACAUCUCCAACAGACCAGUUCUCAGGAAGGCUCAGUGAGCACCACAAGUGUUCAGCUGAUGUUGAAUGAUCACCAUGGGAGCACCAUGUCCUCUAGCAGCACCCAGUCACCUGUCCUCAGUGACCGCAGCCAGAUUCUGAGUGAAGAUGAAACUGAGGCCGAUUACCUGGGCAAGUGGAGCAGCGUUCUGAGUUGGCUGGGAUCCAGACGCGGGGAGCUGAGUCCAGAGCGAGUGACAGUGGCGUAUGUCAGUCCCCUGGUGCUGAGGAAGGAGCUGGAGAGCCUGAUGGAGAAUGAAGGAGACACGGUGCUGUCACAGGCUGAAUUCGUAGACAAGCAUCCCAUCAUAUUCUGGAACCUGGUUUGGUAUUUCCACCGGCUCGAGCUCCCCCAUAAUCUGCUUCAGCUGGUGUUAACAUCGCAACACGUUAAACCACCAUCACAGGAUUCGCCUCUGUGGAUGUUUCACAGCAACACGCUGCUCCGAGUCAGGAUCCUGUGGGAUGUGCUUACACUUGACCCUAACCAGUGCCCACCCCUUUACGUUUUAUGGCGGAUGUACAGUCAGCUGCCCAUGCACCAGUGGAGGACAGUGAACCAGCCCUUUACUCUAAGCUACCUGGAGGAGGUGGUCCGCUAUGUCGGGUUAAAUGAGGUGCAUAAAGCCAUCAACAUGAUCGUGGAGACACUGGGUCAUCAGCCAGCACAACCUCCUCUACAGAGGAGUCUGUACAGAGAGAUUCUCUUCCUGACCAUGGCUGCACUGGGGAAGGACAACAUGGAUAUCGGUGUAUUUGACAAGAGAUACCGGACCGCGUGUACCCGCCUGGCCAGCUCCCGGGGCUCAGAGCAGCUGAAGCAGGACCGUGUUCUGCCUCCGAGUGCCAAGGCCGUUGACUGUCGGAAAACCUUUGGAGUUUUGUUGGAAUGCUGAUCCCCAGGCCACGCUCAGCAAGAAGGUUCAUGGCAGCAGGGGACGGCCGCCUAUGCUACGAGGAGAGACAGUCUGUCCGAAUGUCCUGUGUGUGUGUAUAUAGAUUCUCCUUUGAAAAUUGCACUGUGGGUGUUGCAUGCCACGCACACCCUGUAAAUAUCAUAGUAUUCAACGCUGUGCAACGUGGCAAGCCGGCAAAGAGUGGGAGUGUGUAACUGUGUAAGAUACAAAGCAGAUAAGUGGCCUGGAAGAGGAAAUAUUUUUUACAGUUGGAAUAUAUGAUCCAGUCUGAGAGUUUGGGAUGGGGUGUGUUUGUGUUUUUGUGUGUGUGUGUGUGUGUGUGCGUGUGUGGGGUCAGAUAGCUGGAUCGCCACACACACUGACAAACUGGCUGCAGUCUGUGUGUUAUUAACCCUUUGACAGCCACAAAAGGUGAUUUUUAGAUCGUGGUCUGUCCUAGUUUGUUUUUAAAUUAUUCUGUUCGUAGGUUUGACAUUGUUGAAUCACGGUGUCAGGUCCAGGCUUUGGGA